UUUAGUAUUCGGGGCUCGAGCUGGGCUUGAUAAAUAAGGGGACGUUAUUUAAUCCUGUAUACCAAAUAUAGCUGCAGUUCAAGUUAUAUAUAAUACUAUAUACACCAUAUAUAGAAUGUUGUAUUGUGUAUAGUAUAUUGUGUAUUUUGCUUCUUGUAUCUCCUGACCACAAUAUGUUUGAGGAUGUUGCGCAUGUGGCAGCCGUGUCUUCGACGUGGACGCAAGGAUGGCGGUCACAAAUCUGGGGCGCUUGUUGUUAUGGACGCAUACAGCUGGUGGAGGCGGACUUCCUUUGCCGCAGCAUUGUUUUCGUGCGGUCACAAAGCCUGCCGCAAUCGUCUACAUUGCUUUGUUUGUCUUCUUCUUCGCCUUUGGUCCUGCAGUCUUGAAGACCGACAUCCUCCAGGUUGGCGGACUGGUCGCUGCAGUUAUUGGACUGGCGUUGGUGGCCGUGUUUUGGCAGUGGCUCUUUGAGCGUGCAUCCUUGCAAGUGGACACGUCUGUACGACAGUUCGAGGCCGCCGAGCUCUCACAUACCCGACUGAUUUGCUACCGAAACCGAAGCCUUUGGGGUCUCGGAGGUGAAACCUUGGCGUGUCAGGUCUAUCUCUUCUUCGGCUUCUAUCCCAAAGAGCAACAGCUGAAUCGCACCUUACCUCCGGGCAUGUUUGAUACUGGGACAGUGCGUGCUGGUUUCAUCCCGGUGGGGCAGCCGUUGGAUAGCAGCGGAGCAGGCCUUGAUGCAUCUAAGUUGCAGACAGCUGCAGGUCAGGGGAAUCCUACGACCACAAUGGGCUUCACGGCCGUGGCCUCGGCGGUGCUGAUCCUCCUGGCCUUCGCUGGCUUCUUGAACGAGGCCACCGAGUUCCUGGGACAGUGGGUCCACUGUG